AAAGAAGAAGAAAUGACGGAAGCACAUGUUUGUGUGAAACUAUCCAUGUCGACAUACGUGGGUUUUUGAGGUUUUUUUGUGUUAAUGUCCACAUAUAUACUGUGGAGUUUAAACGUUAUUGUUGUUUUUUGUUGUCUAUUUACGUUUAUCAACCAACUUUAAAUCGUUUCCAUCAUGGUUCGAGUAAACAGAAGUAAACCGGUACGGAGGCCAAACAAGACAGAGCGAUAUGAUGAAGAUGACCCUGAAGCCUACAAGCACAUGCCUGUCCCUGAUAAGAAAUCAUCACAGUACACAAAGGACAAAAUCGAUGAGUUUCACGAUAAGAAGAUUGCAAAUCUUCUCAGCCAGGGUGUUCAAAUGGAGAGCGAUUCCGAGGAAAUCGACGACGAGGAGGAAGUGAUGGCCCUGGAUGAUUCUGAGUCAGAGGAUGAGGAGGAGGAGGAGGAGGAGGAAGAAGAGAAUGAGGAGGAUGAGGGAGACGGGACAGACAUGGAGAGUGAUCUAGAGGGGAAAAAAGAGGAAGACCUUCCUAAUGAAAUGGCAUGGGGCUCCAAGAGGAAGAUGUUCUAUGACUCUGAUUACGUGACCACCAAAGGGAAAUCACAAGAAGUGUUGGAAGCAGAGGAGCAAGAGGAAGAAGAAGAGGCUAUAAAAAUCCAGAAACGUCUAGCUGCAAAUCUGAGCGAGGAUGAUUAUGAUUUAAACUUCUUUCAGGAUUUUGCUGUAGAAGAGAAGGAUGAAGGGAAGAGUGCAGAAAAAGAGGAGAGAAUUGUGAAAGACCUGCAGCAGAUGUCUCAGAAGGAAAAAAUGAAACUUUUAAAGAAGGAAUCACCAGAGCUGCUUGAACUCAUUCAGGACUUCAAGGCGAAGCUUUCUGAACUGAAGGAUGAGCUUCAGCCCCUCGUACAGAUGGUCAAGGAUGGAAAGAUCCCACCGGGAAGAGGUGCUGACUACCUCAAGACAAAACAGCAACUUUAUCUCAAUUACUGCACAAACAUUAGUUUUUAUUUGGUGCUGAAAGCGAAACGAAUCCCUGCUCAUAACCAUCCUGUGAUUGAAAGACUGCUCACCUACAGAAAUCUCAUCAAUGAUCUUGGCGCAGUGGAUGCUCGGCUUGCACCAGAGUUUCGCAGGCUACUAGCUGGUGAGGAGAAAGCUAAGGCCACCAGCAAGCUUGCAGAGGGAAAGAAGACAAGAGUCUCCAAUAAGAUGAAAAAGGAUUCUGAAGAAACUCUGCCAGAGGUCGAGGAGGACUCAGACUCUGACCUGGACGAGGAGGCGGCUUUGCGUUUCUAUAGAGACAUGGAGGAGCGGUUGAAAUUGAAAAGAACGCGUAAUGCCCCCGAAGCUGAAGAGUUUAAGGAGAAUGAAGAUGAGGAAGAAGAGCUGGAUCCAGAUGCCAAGAGAGGAAUCACUUACCAGAUGGCCAAGAACAAGGGGCUCACACCAAAGAGGAAGAAAAUUGACCGCAAUCCCAGAGUCAAGAACAGACAGAAGUUUAUACGGGCCAAGAUUCGCAGAAAGGGCCAGGUCCGUGAGGUUCGUCGGGAGGAGACACGAUACAGAGGAGAGUUGUCUGGUAUUCGUGCUGGUGUCAAGAAGAGUACUAAACUUGCGUAACCAAGAGGGAAUCCAAAACAUUGCUACCAGUUGUAGCCCUGGAACUAAAAAAAAAAAGUACAAGUGGACUGUUAUAAAUGUUUACUAGAGAUAAGCGUAUCACAGAAUUAUUCAGUCAUUUCUGGAUUCUGAAUUAUUGCACAAUGAAAAUAAACAUUUUAACAAAAACAACAGUCAUUAUAUUGUACAUUGUUCCUAUACAGACACACCAUUAUAACCUUUAAGGCUGCAUUCAGACUGAGUUUCAAAGGUGUGAAAAAAAUGCAGCCCUCUCCAUUCAUGUAUGGGGGAUUGUCAGAAUGUGGAUACUAACAGGAAGAAGACUUGUUUAGGACAUUAGCAUAAGCAUUCACUGAUAUUCGCUCUCCAAAUGGGGCCGCCGUUCCAAACGCAUCAUAGCAACAGGCCAGGCGUUUUUGUUAGUUAGGCUAUUAGGUGCUAAACGGUGUUUUCAGUCUAUCCAUGUCAACACACUGGUGCUAACAUAGAGUAGGAUAUGUUAGUGGCAAUGGCUAACCAGACUGGAAAUGUAAAUAUAGCUGCUCACACUGACUGGUCACAAUGCAGCUCUUCGAGUUGGGGUUAUCUUUUAGUGCACUCAGUCUACCUGUUAAGGCCCAUUUCAGAACAGGUAAAAAAAAAAAAAAA